CCCGCCUAAUUGCUAUUUUAUUUUCUAUGGUGGCUUUUUUUUAGUCAGGUUUUCUCGCUUAUCGGAAUCGAAAGCCUUAAUUUUCAUCUAUUUGCGCCUGAAAGCAUGCUAUUAGAUCGACUAUUCUCGUUUCCGGCGCUCGUCGCCGCAACCUUUUUAACUCAAUUGCUGUUCAAAGUAUUCGUCUAUUUGUUCAAAUUUUGGUUAGCUGAGCCGGUAAAUACUGAUCAACUGAGCUCAAAAACAUUCAAUCAAGUAGCUUUAGCAGACUUGAAAAGUGAAAACUAUUUUGUGAAAAGAAAUGCACUUGAAACUCUGAAGGUUUAUCUCACAAAGUCAGCACAGUGCCGCAAAAGUGUUUAUGCAGUUAGCAGUCGAACGAAUGAUUCAAAGUUAUGGACGGAAAUUUUGGGCGAAGUUUUGCUAAAUGUAAGUUACCAAACGGAAAAAUUGAAAAGAUUUAGAUUUCUUGUCAGGCGCCAAAGAAUCAACAACAAUCAACAAGGUGGACCCAAAGAUAAAACAGUUGCAGAAAUAAAGCCGAGCAGACUAGAUUUUAGUCGAAAUUUGACCUCUGAAAGUUUAGAGGUCACCGCUAACGGCGAUGUGAAGAAGAGCAACCCGAACGUCUCCAUGAGUUUUUUUGCAACUCAAGUUGCCGACCCCUUUGGUCCUUGGGACACCAUGAGUCAUCAUAACUCCAGCGGCUAUAAUGUUUCGAAACAGCCGAGGGGGUUCAGACAAACAGCUGUACAAGAUAGAGUUAUAGCAGGGAUGAGUCACUUUGAAGUGCUGCACAGUUGGUUUGCGGACAGUAGGCCGGUAGUGUUUUUGUUCGACAAAAACGAAUUGGCGAUGCUAGCGACUCAGUUUGAAGACUCAGCAGUUGUGAGUAUCAGUUUGGAAAUUGUGAGGAUUCUCCUGGACAAAGCGAUUGAAGAAGAUAGACAUGGACUUGUGUUGAGAGAUCUGCCUCACGUGUUGACGGCGAUGGCCAAUUUGUGGGAUGCGAUUGAACAAGUCAACGCACUUGGGAUGCCAGGGGAGCCCUCAGCUGGUAAGUGCUGCUGUGUGGCAGCUGUGCGCAGAUGUCUGUACUUCCUCUGUGACAUGUACAGACCCACAACCAACAAAGCGAUCGACCUCUCCGACCAAACCACAUAUCUACUGAAGGAGUUCAUGCUAAGCGAAUGCAGAAACAAGCUGCCUGCUUAGCUCAGUAGCGACAGCUGUGAUUGGUAGACGUUCUUCCCUGAAAAAGGAGAAGAGAUUGAAAAACUUGAGUCGCGUGAACUUUUUUGACUGACCUGAUUUGAUUUGGUUUGAUUGAUUUUGUUCUGUAAUAAAAGACUUUGUUUCUA